AUGGCUGCCGCAUCGCCCAAUCUCUACAGCUUCCCCAACAGCAAUGCCCUGGCCGAGCAAUUGCGCACAUAUGUUCUACGUGCCCAAAACUCCGCCCUCAGCCGCCACGAGAGCUUCCGCCUAGCCGUCUCCGGCGGCUCCCUCCCCGCCCAAUGGCACCCCAGAGGACACCCCCAGUUCUCCAAGUGGCACAUUUUCUUCGCCGAUGAGCGCGCCGUCCCCCUCGACCAUGAGGAAAGCAACUACCGCCUGCUGAAGGACGAACUGGUGGCCAAGAUCCCUGCCGAACUCGGCUCACCGGUGAUCCACCCAAUUGACGAGAAGCACGUCCACGACGACGACCCCCAGGAACUCGCAGACCUCUACCAGGAGGAUCUGAUGCGCGAGUUUGCCGCUAAGGACUCCGUCAAGCUCCCCGUGUUCGACCUGAUCCUGCUGGGCUGUGGUCCCGAUGGUCACACUUGCUCGCUCUUCCCUGGCCACGACCUGCUCCGUGAGAAGGACGCCUGGGUCGCCGCUGAGACAAACUCGCCUAAGCCGCCUCCUAAGCGCAUCACCUUGACUCUGCCCGUUGUCACCCACGCUGUUAACAUUGCCUUCGUGGCGACUGGUGCCGGUAAGAAGGAGAUCCUGAAGCAAAUCUUUGACUUGGAGGAGGGAUCUAGCCUUCCCUCUGCUUUGGUCAACCAGGGUGCUGGUGAGAAGGUCAGCUGGUUCACUGAUCACCCCGCUGUCGAUGGUGUCGCAUUCUCUCGCCGUGGAAGCCUGUGA